UUUAAAAACCAAUCUUAAUCCACAGAUUGAGAGGUAUACAUGAGACUAUACUCCAGAUAAACAUUCCAUAACCAAAAUAACCGAAAGAUAUAGCAUUUUAGUGGUUCAGCCAUUUUAGCAAACAUGUAUCAAGCAGGAACAAGAAAAAAAGGAAACAACACAGAAAACCAAAACUUUAAAAAUCAACACCAAUGUAACUCAGAUCAAGAUAUUAAUAAUAAAAGAAACUCUUGGCUCAUAAAACAUACAUUAGUCUUAAGAAAUUCAAUACUUUGUAUUCUCUGAAUUAGUCUAUUAGUCUCUUCUCUUGGUGCCUCUUAGUCUACCUUUUUUGUCCUAUGAUGUGUCUCUGCAAAAUGAUAGUGUGUGAUAGUAGAAGAAUAACAUGUGUUUUGCUUAUUUUUAUUGUGUCCUUCUUUUGUUGGUAAAGUAUGUUUUUCCUCCCUUGUUUUAUUUUUAUUUCCAUUUUAAUUCUCUAAAUAAUACUUUUUGCUAUUUUUAGCCCAUUAUCAAAUGUUUCACAUUGUUUUUAGUCUAUAACGUUAAUGGUAUAUCUUUGUAUUUUUUAAACAUAUUUUUUUAGUACUUACAAAAUAGUAUAUGAAAUGAAUACUAGUGAUAAGGUUUAGAAUGCGUAAUUGAGAGUGAGAUCCUUAUCUUCUAAGUUGACAAUUAAUUUCGUUACAUUUUUUCAGAGGAAGUUAUAUCGAUUGGAAGAGUUACUCAAGAAGUUUUUGAACGUAUUGCUGCCACAAGCAUAAGGACUGAACCAGCUUUUGAAUCUAUUGCUGCCACAACCACAAGGCUGAAUCAGGCACCAAAGAAUCACCAAAGAACUCCUUUCAUUAUUUGCAGGAUCAUGGCCACAGAUCCGACGUCUCCUCCGCAGUCCGAUGGUCAAUCAGAGGCGACUUCCAAGAGGAGUAGAACAACGACACGGCUGAGAACAUUGACAUUAAGAACCGUGGAUCAGCCCAGACCGGCUGUUUAUGUGGAUCCCGCUACCGGGAGAGCAUCCGGACCGAUGCGUGAAAAGUUCCACAGCUACCUAGGCGUAGUGGCGCGAGAAAAGGUUCCCAUUAUCCACAAUAAUUGGAAAGACGUACCUGAAACGCUAAAGGAGAUUGUGUGGAAUGACAUUCUAGCAAAGUUUGAUAUCGCAGAAGCUACGAAGGUGAAGACGAAGGUUAUGUCAACAGUAGCGACGAGAUGGCGGCAAUUUAAGUCCACAUUGACUAGCAAAUUUGUGUUUGCUAAGACUGAAGGUCAACAAACACAGGAUGUUGUGACAAAAUAUGGACUAGAUCCUGAAGCGUGGAAACAAUUUGAAGAAACCCGCCUGACACCUAACUGGGAGGGUAUUAGGAAACGAGCACAAUCAAUUCAAAAACACAACGACUGCCCUCACGUACUUUCACGUGGGGGAUAUGAUUUGCUUGAGAAGAAAUUGUUAGACCAGAAACGAAAAAGGAUACAAGAGGAAGCAUUGUUGAGUGAAAAUCCAGCAAGUGUUGAUGAACCCCCAUCCCCAAUAAAAAGGCAUGUUAAGUGGAAGGUUGCUCGGACCAGGGCUGUUGGCAAUAUGACAUCUGACUCUGCACAGGAAAUUGCAGAUAAAAUAGACUCCUUAGAAGAGCAGGUAACGCAGGGUUCGUUUGUACCCCAUGGUCGGCAAGACAUACUGAACACUGCCAUUGGACGACCUGACCAUGGGGGUCGCGUUCGGGCAGCAGGCUCAGGUGUCACUAUUACUCAGUACUACGGAAGGGCAUCAAGGACAUGCAGCAGCUCGUCCACGUCCAUCAGCCAACAACAACUAGAUGAAGUUGUUGCAAGGCUUAGGGAAGACAUGACUGGCCAGAUUAGGGAAGAAUUGAGGAGUCAAAUUAAGGAAGAAUUGAGGACUCAGCUAGAAGAGGAAAAUAAAAGGACCUUGGAAAUAAUGACCAAUGCAUUGAAAGAGGCUAUUAAAAAAGAGUUGUCAAAUAAAGGAUCCCAAGAGGCACUCCAAAUUCAGCCGGACAUACAACAACUAGGUGCGCGUGUCAGCACACAGGGAAGUAAUGCUGUUACCAAUGCGCAGGCUUCACAAGAACAGGAUGCUGAUGCCAUACCAUUGAUGGGACUGUUUGUGCAGCGUAACGAUGGUACACAAAGGUUGGUGGCCAUGGGGAAAAUAAUGGAGGGGGAUUCAAUCAUACACACAGUGGCAUAUGCAGAUGAUGUUGUCAGGGUAAGUGUAGAAACAGUUAUUGAUCCUGAGGCUGAGGUCCCCUAUGCCACCUCAGAAAUACAAUAUGUGAAGCAGACCGUCAAUACAUUUGUAGCUUGGCCCACACACCUUGUGAAAGUUGUAUUAGAUGAGCAUCCACAACGUAUUCCACACAACGAGGAUGCACAUGUGCCGAAGCCGGCUAAUGUGAACGCAGAUGAUCCGUUGCGUGAAUUGAUGAAGUACAGUUUCGAUCUUUACGACAAGCCACUUCAAAUCACCUUUGAUGGGAGAUUUCUUGGAAUUGAAGAUGCAUCUACAUCGAUAUUCAUCACAUAUUCAGAUGUUAUUGAAAUAAUAGCAGGAGACAAAAGUCUGAACAUAUCUGUCAUACAAUUAUGGUUAAUGUAUAUUCAUGAGUGGAGUCAGAUAUUCAGUCAAGGUUUCAUGUAUGCAUUCCUUGAGCCACAGUCGUUGGUUUGUUCAAAGGAUAGACGCAGCGAAUGCGAACAAUAUCUUGAAAGAUGGCUUAAGGAAUCUGACCGAGAGGUGUACAUUGGACCUUACUUCCAUCAGGAACAUUGGCAACUCAUAAUUUUGUGUCCUAGGCAACAUGUUGUUGUUUGGUUCUGUUCUUUGCGUAGGAAACCUGAUAUGCAUAUCAAAGCUACAAUUAAUAGUGUAAUGACAAAAUUGAAGAAGACCUUGUCUCCUGAAACUAAGGCAGUUGCACCAAAGUGGAUUGAAGUAAAGAGUCACGUUCAAACCGGCUGUUAUGAAUGUGGAUAUUACAUAAUGCAUUGGAUCUGGAACAUCAUAGCCAGCGACAUAAAGAGUGAUUGGUCCAUGUGGUUUGCUAAUGACACACCGUUGGACAUCGGCAUCAUCACCACAAUUCGAAAGAAAUGGGCAACAUUUUUUUUAAAGACAGCAAUAAGUCAAAACGGCUAAUGAUGGCGUUGGAGUAUUUUUUUCCCUGUAUUUGAGACAAUUGUUAUGUUAUUUGACACAGCGGCUAUUUUAUUUUCGGUCAUGCUACUAAUAUUCUAUUCUUAGUAUUAUCUUCUCAAUUUCAUAUAAUUGUAGUAAUAUAUUGUCUUUACCCCCUUCUACUGCAUUGCAUCUGCAUUUGAUUACCACAGCAACAAUUUAGUGCAGCUAUAGUACCACCAAGCUUGCCACUGCAGCAGUUAAGUGAACAAAUGAAGUGUCCACAGUCAUUGGAUGGUUGCUUGGUAGAGGUACAUGCUAAUAACUAAUAAGAUUUCCUGUGCAGGGUAUCAUUGUUUUUGCAUGACUGAUGGCUACCUUGGGGCUGGAGAUUUUGGUUGAAUCUGCCUCAAGUGUUAUUUUGAAGAUGAUAUUAUCAUUUGACCUUGCUUUUGCUUGGAUUCCGCUCCUAAAGUUCAGUAGCAGCAAAGUGACUAGCAGCACAAGCAUUGAAGAGGUGUGUUUCCUCCUUGUUUGUGGAUUCAUGAACUAUAACUUAAUACAUGAAACUGAAAAAUGUUCUAGUUAUAAAAUUUGAUUAGCUAGGCUUACAUGAAUUGUUGAAUUGAUCAGCUAGGCAUACAUUAUAUCAACUGUUAGUGUCAUUUUUUCAGUCUAAUAAUAUUUUGGUUGAUAUUAUCAUUAUUAUGAUUAAAGAGAUUGCAGGGAUUCCAAGGGAAGGGGACCAGGGGAUGAAAAAUAUGAUUAAA